AACAUGCGGGGGCCAGCCCUCCUGCCUCCCUGCGUUUCCGUCCGUCAGUUCGUCGGACAGUCAAGUCCAGCGGCCCUCAGUCAGCCUGUGCUGCUCCCCUCAGACUGCUGGACUCACAGCUCCUGGGCCCAGUCAGGCCUCCCGGGAGUUGAACGCCUCACGUGGGGAGCUCCACGGGCCUGGGCCAAGCUAUGGCCAAGGCUCCCGAAAGGCCAAAGUAUAAUAUAGGUUUUUUCUGCAAUACAAUGGAUACAGUUUGUCAUGGCUACUCUGAGUGUUAUAGGAUCAAGUUCACUUAUUGCCUAUUCUGUAUUCCAGAAUAUACAGAAAUCUCCAGAGGUGACCCUGAGGAAGCUCCUGGUACCUGGUUUUUGUCUGGGCUUUGCGGCCAUCUCAGGAGUGAAACAGCAGGUAAAAGAUAUUCACACCCCGCCAUCCAGAAAAGAUCGCUGUUUUAUCUGAGUGUCUCCGACUUGCUCCUGGGAAUCUGCUGGCUCGCCGAAGCACUUCUCUAUGGAACUCCAGGAACCAAUGAAGAUGUCAUCUGCUAUAACCUGCAAGCAGUCGAACAGAUAUUCUACUUUUCGUCAAUUCUCUACACCAUCAAUUACAUCUGGUAUCUGUACACAGAGCUGAGGAUGAAGUAUAACCAGAGUGGACAGAGCACACCUCCACUGAUGAUGGAUUUUACAUGUGAAGUUGGUCAGAUAGCCUUCAUUUUGUCAAGCCUGAUACCUUUGUUAUUGAUGACACCUGUGUUUUGUCUGGGUAAUGCCAGUGAAUGCUACCGCAACUUCAGUCAGAGCCACAGGUGUAUCCUCAGGUAUACGCCACCUCCAUCCACGGCUGGAUUCCUGACUUCUGUCAAUACAUCUGUCUGCAGCACACUGUAUCUUUAUGGCGUCACUAUUUUUUUGGCUAGCUUUAUACUCAGCCUCCUCAUCAUUAUGGUCUUACUCGUCCAAGCUCGGACACUGUGUAAGAAGUUUAUGAAAUCAGCUGGGCUUCUGGGGAGUGAACAGUGGGCAGGGAUUCACACUGUGGAGCAGCGAGUGCACUUCUACCCGGUUGCCUUCUUCUGCUGCCGUGGCCCAGCUGUCAUUUUGAUGAUCAUUAGGCUGACCAAGCUAGAGUACACCGAGCUUCACAUGGCCCUCUAUGUUCUCCAGGCUCUAACAGCAUCCCAAGGUCUACUCAACUGUGGAGUGUAUGGCUGGACACAGCACAAGUUCUACCAACUGAAGCAGGAGGCCCGCCGUGAUGCAGACACCCAAACACCAUUAUUAAGCUCACAGAAGAGAAUCUAUAGUAGGGACCUAAAUCCAUUGGAAUCAACCCUUGCUUUGGCUUCCAGCACUUCCACUAUUCUUUGAAACUAGUACUAGAAUAUUCAGGAACUUGAAUUAUUCCUCUCCAAUGGAUUUGGAAAAACAUUGAGGAAGCACAUCUUAGAACUUUCCUAACCAUGCUGAAAAGUGUAGAGUUGAAACAGGAUAGUUUCAUGGUUAAAUCUUUGGGCUGAACAGAGCAGUAUCUCUGCAGUCAUUCCCAGACCUCUUAAUGAUUCUUCAUAUUCCUCUCUUGUGUCAUCAGUAGAUGCUCAGCUUCAAGUGUGCAGAAAUGGUAGGGAAAUGUGCAGCAACCUCCUCAGAUAUUGCCAUUGCUCUUACUUUCUCUGAGGCCAGACAUGGGAUCUGGGUGAAGAAGUGAGGGUAAUAAUAAGCAAAGGUGACAAUGGAAUCCUCAGACUCAUCACAUCCUGGUCUCAUAUGUGAAGUUCAAAAGGGGCCAUACUGCUCUAGAAACUUAGAGUCAAUCUUUUGAGUUAUAGGAACAAUAAGAAUGAAGAGAAAUCAGGUCUGGGAUGGGCCUUGUAGUGAAGCAGGUAAGGCCACUACCUGCAAGACUAGCACAUGUUUUUUGUCCUACAUACAGCACUUCUUGUACCAUUCUUUACUUUUGUACCAUUAGACAAUUUCAGGUGCCUAACCUUUUUCUGCCU